UCUUUCCGCGUCGUAGAAAGUCAAUGAAGAAAAUGGACGGUUUUGAUUGAUUCACAUCUGAAACGAACGGUGAUUAAGGCGUCUGUGACCAACCCUGAGUACGCCUGGGUACAGAUGAUAAAGCUAGGGUUCUCGUCCAGUCUGCUUUGUUAGGUUUUCUUCCAUUUUCCCCGGCUGAAGUCGUUUCCGUCGGGAUUUGUGUUACUUUGUGCAAUUGGAAGAAGGAAGAGGGGAAAUCGUGGAAUUGGAGCAGUAAUCGGGCAGCCAUGACUGACUAUAAGCAGGAACAAGAUAUGGAAAUUGAAGCUUUAGAAGCCAUUCUCAUGGAUGAUUUUAAAGUUUAAUCGUUAUGCCAGAAAUUGAUCCUAAUGAAAGUGGCCUAAAUACUUCAAACCGUUGCUUUGAGAUAACUGUUUCGCCUCAGGAUGAUGAAGCAGAUGAAUCAACUAAGUCGCAAGUUCGAUUGGCUCUGAUUUUCUCUCACACAGAAAAUUAUCCAGAUGAACCUCCACUUCUCAAUCUGAAAAGUUUGAAAGGACUUCAAGCAGAAGAUCUUAAAAUUCUGAAUACUAAGCUGGCGACAGAGGCGGCUGAAAAUCUUGGUAUGGCCAUGGUCUACACAUUGGUUACAUCAGCUCAGGAGUGGCUCUCUGAAAGAUUUUCUGAGGAUGCUGGGAUUGAGGAUGAUGAGGAUGACGAGGCCACAAAAGAUGAGAUUAUUAUACCACAUGGAGAACCGGUUACUGUUGAUACUUUUUUGGCCUGGCGUGAGAGAUUUGAAGCAGAAUUAGCACUUGAAAGAGCCAAGUUAAUGCCAGAUUCAGCACUUGCUGCACCAAAGGAGAAAAAACUCACGGGACGGCAGUGGUUUGAAACUGGAAGAGCUUCCAUGAAAGGUUCUGCCCCCGUUGCUGAAGACAACUCAGAUGAAGAUGAGGAAGAUAUCGAUUUUGAUGAUGACGACUUCGAUGACGACGAGGAAGAUAUGCUCGAUCACUAUCUUGCAGAAAAAACGGACGCAUCUGCUCAUUCAUCAAGGAGAGCUAAUUAAGCGAAGUUGCGGAUUUGAUGAUAUUUAUCACUCCGAAACUGGUAACAAGUUUGGCAUCCCGACGCAGGCCCUUACGGUAUACGGAAAACUUUAAUGUCCAAGUCAAAAGUCUCCGUGCCUCGACUGUAAGUUAUUUUCAGCGUCGGCAGACGAGGUUAGACAAGAUGAGCAAUUCCCAUAACAGCUUGGAGAUUAAAAGUGUUGGCAUGAGCAAUUUUGUAAAACUUAAAUGUUCACCAUUACCCUUUCACAUGUAUACUUCCAUAUACCGUAACGUGAGAUAUCUAUGAUGGUUUGAUUGUUCGUUUUAAGAAAGUCGAGAGAUAGAGGAUUUUGGAAUUUUCGUUUUUGUGAGAGUAAUUAAGCAUUUAAUAUGAUAUUUAGGGAGAGUAAAUAUGUAUUUAUUGUAGUAUUUUUUAUUUUUUUGUUUUUUUGGGGAGUGGGAGGGAAUUUAAUUAUGAAUAAUAUCAAGAAAUCAUUUUAAUUG